GGUUGGGGUGGGGGGGGGUCGGAGCCCUUAAUGGGAAGCGGUUUGGAGUGACGAGGUCAGAGCCCUUUGUCCACAGGUCUAUUAGGUGAGAGGCGUGUGCGAGGAGGCUUCGUUCGGUGGAUCCUUGUGGCCUUUGUCCUCUCGCCGGGUCGUGGUAGAUCUCGGUGGCGAAAAGUUGGCGCCUUUGGUACCUUCUGGGGGGUCUUUGGACGAGGUUUGGGUCCUCGGACGCGGCCCGUUGCGUGUUCUUGACGUGAGUUCCUCUCAGAUCUCUCCUCCGCGGCUUUCCACGGGGGUUUUAGGAGACUUUUGUCGUCCCUGAUCUCCUUUUAGGCGGUCCUUCGUUAUUCGCGGACGCCCCGAAGCUUCUGAAGGCGAUCCGGGGAACCGAGUUCGUUUCUUGUCUUCUUCACCGUUCGUCCAUUAAAAGAGGGAUCUUGGCGAGGUUUCUCGAGUUUCGAGAGAAAGAGAGAUGGCCAAUGCUCCGGGGAAAGAUGCGGCCUUUCUGUUCACCGACGAGGAAUUGAGCGAGAUGAGUGGGUUGAAAAGAGGCGAGGACUUCGUCGAGGUGACGUGCGGGUGCACGAGCCACCGCUACGGCGACGCCGUGGGGCGGCUUAGGGUUUUCGCAUCGGGCGAUCUCGAGAUCAGCUGCGAGUGCACGCCGGGGUGUCAGGAAGAUAAGUUGACCCCAGCUGCUUUUGAGAAGCAUUCCGGGCGGGAAACUGCAAGGAAAUGGAAGAGCAAUGUAUGGGUCAUAGCUAAAGGUGAAAAGGUUCCACUGUCAAAGACAAUUCUACUUAAGUACUACAAUCAAACAUCAAAAACUGGUAAUAGCUCUCAUAAAGGUCCCAAUGGACGACCGUGUCAUCAUGACGAGUUUAUCCGCUGUACAAGGUGUAACAAGGAGCGCAGGUUUCGUCUUCGGACCAAAGAGGAAUGCCGCAUUUACCAUGAUGCUGUGGCUAAUCUCAACUGGAAAUGCUCUGACUCGAAAUUUGACAAGAUUAGCUGUGAUGAUGAAGAGGAGCGAGCGAGUCGCAAGGUAUUGAGGGGAUGCUUGCGUUCACCAUCAUGCAGAGGGUGCACCACAUGCGUCUGUUUUGGUUGUGAGAUCUGUCGCUUCUCAGACUGCAGCUGCCAGACCUGCGUUGAUUUCACUCAGAAUGCGAAAAAUUAAGCCUGUUCACUGGGUUAUUUCUUCGUUGUAGCAUCCUCUUUUCAUUUUUAGGCCAUUGAUGCACCAUUCUAGAGAGGUCAUUUUUAAGCUUUGUUUUUGUUCCCAGGCAAACUAAGAUGCUUCAGUCACUGAUUCAAUUUUCAUUGUUUUCAAUGAUCUUUUCCAAGACGGUCAAAGAUACAUUGAAGAUUGGCUCCAUUAUUUUCUUGGUGAGGCCCAUUGGGUAUUUAUUUUGAUUGGAAACUUGCCGAUAAAUGACAGUAAUGGAAAAUUUGGGAACAGGAAAUUGUUUUUGACCACAUUACAUGAAAGGCUGUAAGCCUAAAUCAUUUGAAAUGCAGCAUUU